GACAGUGCUCCUUUUGAUUGAUUCGCUCAGUAGCACACACACACUCCAAAAAUCCCAUCAGGACACUGAGACUAUCAGUAGGAACCAGGACAGACACCACCACAUUAACUGGAUGACCAUCGGCUGCUUUCUAGCUUCCUGAACAGAUCCAUCCUGGCUGCAGCUUCCAGCCUCAUGGGUGACGGGGAGCUCGGAGUCGGACCGGUUACAAGCCUCCACGCAGCGGCAGCAUCAUGAGCGGCAGGAGGAGGAGAGGGGACGAGUAAAGGACCGGGGGGAGGGAGGUAAACAAGAAACAGAAGAAAUGGCAUCACUGAGAAGCAGGAUGCUACAAACUUUCACCUAGAGGAGGAACCAUGAGGCUGUGAAUCCCUCCUCUGUCCUCCCACACGCUUCCUCUGCUCCAUCGCCAUGCCUCCGAGGACCCCCCCUCCACGUGCCAUUGCCCACCUCUGGAUGCUGCUGUGGCCGCUGCUCUCCGUGCUGGUGCUGACCCGAGGCUCCACGGUGGCGACAGGGGACUCGGCCAGCACCACGUCCACACCAUUAGUGGAGGAAUGGCCAGGCACGCCGAUCCAACUGCAGCCGGACUUGCAGACAGAAGCCCAGACUCCAACAGACGCACAGACGGAGGCAGAGACGGAGACGGAGACUCUCCCAACGACCAGAAAUUACACAGGUCUGGCCUGCGUCUCCGUCUUACCGCCCCGUCGCGGCUCCUUCUACGUGGAGAGCGGCACGGGCACAUCAGUGGGCAGCGUGCUGGCCUUCUGGUGCCGGGAGGGAUACCAGCUGGUUGGUAGCGACAAGAUCUACUGCAACAUCAGGAACGGCAAGCCGCUGUGGAGCAACUACCUGCCUGUCUGCGAAGCAAUCCCCCGGCCGGAGGACCGUGGCUUGAGAGUGGCCGUGCUGGCGUCGGUGGUGAGCGGCAUCGUCAUCCUCGCCAUGUCCCUGUCUUUCCUCGUCUGCUGUCUACAGGAGCGAUCAGGACGGGAUCGGGCGAAGAAGGAGGGACGGAGCAGGCGCAGAGAGAAGCGCUCGGCCCGCCGCAGCGAGUGUUGGCUGGAGCGCGAAGAGGGCGACUGGGAGUCUUUUCCUCCUCCCAAGAUCUUCCACCUCUCCCAGAGGAUGAACCCUCGUCUGGCACCCGACAGCCCCCUCUAUCUGACGGGAGGCCUCGGUGGAUAUGAAAACAGAGGAUACCAGAGGAGUCAGGAGAGUUUGCUGAAGGCCUCCCUGCCCGGACUCUACCGCUCCGAGUCCCAGCUGUACCCGCACGUUGUCCUGCAGAGAGUCCCGACCCCGACAGCGCCCCCCGCCCCGUCGGCCCCCCUCUACCUCCACCUGCCCCCCUCCACCUCUUCGGCCGCCUCCUCGCCGGGCCACCUAGCCGGUCACGGGGCGCCUCACGUCAUGUCGCAGUACCCCACCCCCACGUACCCGCCCAACCCCAACACGGCCGUGCCCGCUUACCAACUCCCCACGCCGGCGCCCAUUUACCCCAACCCUAACCCAACACCACAGCGACCGUGGCAGUAGUGAGGAUGUUCCCUUUCCUCUUGGAGGGGCCCCGUGCUGUUCCUGCUGAGGACAUAGAUGGAACACGCACAACAAAAACAGCAUGGCCACAUUUUGAAAGCACUCUGUUUGAAGCAGGCGCCGAAAGUGUAGAAAUGGACGUGCAGCCCGUGUUCCUACUUUAACUGCAUGCUCGCUGAAUGCCUCCUGCUGGUUGGACUCAACAGGAAGUGAACACUUAGGAGUUCUAGUCUUUAGUUUCUGCAGAAGUAACACACAUUUUACACGAGGUGCUCUUCAGAGACAGAACCAAAAAGAGCCACAUUCACUACAGAAUAACGGAUGAAAGACAAUUUGUAAAAGCCUCUUAUAUUUAUUAUACAGCAUAAUCAGACCCCUUUUACAAGUGCUAGGGUCCAGUUUAAACUAAACUAUAUAUAUAUAUAUAUAUAUAUAUAUAUAUAUAUAUAUAUAUAUAUAUAUAUAUAUAUAUAUAUAUAUAUAUAUAUAUAUAUAUAUAUAUAUAUAUUUUUUUUUUUUUUUUUUUGUGUUAAUAGUUAUUUUCACUUUCAUCCCCACUCAUUAAAAUGCUGCUGUUGAUUCAUUAAUACUGUGGGCACUUUUGAAUUGAGCUUCCUCUAUUUCCUCUGCCUGUGCUGCCACGGCAUCUUGCGUCACAGACAUGCCAUUAUUGAUAUCGCAUUAUGUUUGAUCAUUGGCAGCUCUACUGGUAAAACCUUACUGUCAUUAGGGCCUUAGGCAGGUUUUAGACGAGAGCAUAUGUGGAAAUCCAGACCUAUCAGAUGCUGCUUUUUCUUUAAUGCACUGGUAAAGAAAAUGUACUUAAAACUUAAAUAUUUAUCGUCUCAAAUGAUAUUGAUGCAUUUAAACUGUACGAGUUUGCACACUACUCUGUGAGCAUUUGUUUUUUAUUAGAAGUAACAGAGUAGGAACAUUUACAGAUGAGCUGGGGGUUGGUGAACUCUUUUAAAGCAGAACAACCCUGGCUAUUUCUUUUCAAAUCUAAUACCCAAUAAGGAGACUGCCGUGAAAUACAAAUAAAAAAAUAAUGUGUUUA